AUGUCACUGGAUAAUUUGCCUUCAGUGAUAUUUUUUGAUGUCUUGGGGACAAUCGUGGAAUGGAGAUUUUGCAUUGCGAACGAACUAAAUGCCACCGCACAAAAGGCUCUACAAGAUGAAGCUCGACAACUGAGUUCCGAUGUGCGAGCACGUGUCUCUGAUAUGUCCUCUCUGGACUGGCAGGAGAUUUCUGAGGAGUGGCAUCGCUCAUAUAUGGAAUUUGGAAACACCUACGACUCAUCGAAACCCUUUGUCUCAGUAGAUGAGUACAACCGAAUCUCUUUGGAGAGUAUUCUCACCAAAUGGCUUCUCCGAGAAUUAUUUGACGAAAAUGACCUCAAAAAGUUGACUCUUGCUUGGCAUCGACUGGACUCAUACCCUGACAGUGUCCCAGGCCUUUCAUUGCUGAACACUAAAUUCUUGACGUCUACAUUAUCUAAUGGCAAUGUUAAACUUCUGGAAGACCUACAAGAACUAAACUCUUUGCCAUUCAAGCACAUUACCAGUGCAGAGCAUUUCGGUGCUUACAAGCCGUCGCCGGAAGCCUAUCAUGCCGCUGCUCGCAGAUUCGGUUUUAACAAUUCGCAAUGUUGUCUCGUCGCAGCUCAUCUGGAGGACAUACAAGCCGCCAAAAAUUGUGGGUUUCAGACCAUUUACCUCGAGAGAGCCUUGGAAGAAGCUUGGGAUAGUGAAGAAGUUUCACGAGCCAGAGAAGAGGGGCUUGUCGAUCUUUGGGUCGGCAUUGGGGGCUCAGGUCUGAUGGAAGUGGCUCGAUAUUUUGGAUUGGAGAAGGGAUUUUGA